CCCUCUUCUUCUCCCUCUUCUCACUAAAUUCUCCCUUACACGAAAACUUCAAGAGCUCGUAUUGUUGACCUCCACCGAGUUCUUGAUCUAAAUUACGAAGACUGAUCAGCUCACAAUUCAUAAGAAGAGUUGAUUAUUGGUCGGCUUUGAGCGUGUGUAUACACAUAAACGUAUAUUAUAUAUAUAUAUAUGUAUAUGUAUGAGGAGGAAAGGAACACUAUUAUUAAUAAUCAAGAAGGAUUGAGAUUGGAGAUGGCUUUUCCACAACAUGGAUUCAUGUUUCAGCAACUCCAUGAAGACAAUACUCAUCACUUACCUUCCCCUACCUCUCUCCCUUCUUGCCCUCCUCACCUCUUUUAUGGAGGAGGAGGAGGAGGAGGAAACUACAUGAUGAACAGAUCAAUGUCAUUCACGGGAGUAUCAGAUCACCACCAUCUAACUCAAAAAAGCCCGACCACGACGAACAUGAAUGAUCAGGACCAGGUGGGCGAAGAAGACAAUUUAUCAGAUGAUGGGUCUCACAUGAUGUUAGGAGAGAAGAAGAAGAGGCUGAAUUUAGAGCAAGUUAGGGCAUUAGAGAAGAGCUUCGAGCUAGGAAACAAGCUGGAGCCAGAGAGGAAGAUGCAGCUUGCUAAGGCUUUAGGGUUGCAGCCUAGGCAGAUUGCGAUAUGGUUUCAGAACAGGAGAGCUAGGUGGAAGACAAAGCAGCUCGAGAGAGACUAUGAUUCUCUCAAGAAACAGUUCGACGUUUUGAAAUCGGACAACGAUUCUCUUCUAGCCCACAACAAGAAACUCCAUGCUGAGUUAGUGGCAUUGAAGAAACAAGACCGUAAAGAAUCAGCAAAGAUCAUCAAGAGAGAAUUAGCAGAAGCUUCAUGGAGCAACAAUGAAAGCACAGAAAAUAAUAAUAAUAAUUCAGACAUAAAUCAUGUGAACAUGAUCAAAGAUCUUUUCCCUUCUUCAAUCCGAUCCGCCACCACGACCUCGACCUCGGCCCAUAUUGAUCAUCAGAUGGUUCAAGAUCAAGGAUUUUGCAAUAUGUUCAGUGGUAUUGAUGAAACGACGUCCGCUAGUUAUUGGGCAUGGCCUGACCAGCAGCAACAACAUCACAAUCACCAUCAAUUUAAUUGAUUAUAUUGCCCAAGAAGAUUAUCAUAAUCCUGAUCAACAUCAUCAUCAUACUCAUCUUGAUAUCAUUAUCAUCAUCAAAAGAAAAUUUCGUAGAUUUUUUUUUAAUUGAGUAUUUUGAAAUUAUUUGGUACUUUUUCAAAUUUAUUUUCAUCGUUUUUUUUGUUUCUUUUGGGUUUGUAGAAAAUUGGUGUA